AUGCCAUAAGUGUAACUGAAGAGUAUCUUUGAAUAAUCACUUAGGUUGGGAAUUAAAGAUUAAAUAAAUUAGAAAGGCCUUGGAGGAAGUCUUUUGGAUUACUCAGAGCCCACUAAGGCUUUAAGAAUUCUAAACAACUAAAAGAUGAAAUAUGAAAAAGUGAACUUUGUUAAUUAAAGAGAAUUAGAGAAGAAUUAAUCAAAUGCAAUUAACUUAAAGGAUAAAGAUAAGGCAAUGAAAAGCAAAAUUGAAUAGUUAUCUAAAUAUUAUUGGAUUAAAAAAAACCAUAUUUUAUCUGAGGAAGAUUAUUAGAAAGUAGCAGGAGAGAAUUCACUUCCUUAUAAUUAUUUUUGAAGAAUCAAGUACAGAAUUAUGGAACUCCAGUUACUCAUUUUUCUAUAAUUACAGUGAUUUAUUCUAACUUAACCUUAAGAAAGCUGGAGAAAGAAUAAAAGAAAGAGGGUAUUAUUCAGGUACUCUAAAGAGUAUAUUCUUGGAAGAUAGGACUAAUCUAGAAAGAGUCAACCACGAAGGAUAAGAUAAGCUUGCAAAAAGGUAAAGUAAAUUUAUUUGAUGAGUGCAGUUAAACCCUGUUUGGGUUAUGCUGAUUUGAACAUUGAAAACCAAGUGAAAGUUGUUGGUAGCGUUUCGGUAAGAUUUAUAUAGCCCAAACCAUAUGGACCCAAACUUUAAGAGAUUUUGAUUUGA